UUCUAUUGGCCAACGGGUCUUAAGGGCGAAAUUGAAAUAAACGUUUGAACCCUCUUGCUGCUGAUUGUUUUCCGAUUCAAUGAAGAUUGUUUUUAGCUGUAUGUUCAAAGUACGGGGUCAUUAACAGUUAAUAUUUCAGCUAAAAUGGGAGACCGUGUUGAGCUACAGAUCACUCCAGAGACUCCAGGUAGGCCGUCAAUAAGAAACCCCUUUGAAAGUCCCAAUGACUACCACCACCUUCGGGAACCCCUGAUGCCAAGCCCAUCUGUCUUCAAGUCCAAGCCUUGUAAAGCUACUCCACCCAAGUUUAACUGGUCUAUUGACGAAAUGGCCUGUCUUCUGCCAGUGCACAUAGACCCAGAGGAGAUCCAGCGCCAGUCUUUUUACCUCAGCCAGACAAGGAUGGAUUCUGACAUUGAGGAAAAGCGUCAGAAUGCUAUUGAGCAGUUUUUCACCAAAGGAGCCAUUGUGCCCUCGCCCUGGGCAGCACCAGACACCCGUAAAGGCGUUCAGAUUUAUAUGAAAAGUUCUAAGUCUGCUAUGAUUGUAGAGGAGCCAGAAAAAAUCUCAGUUGCUUGUCAGACAACUCUUUCGUUACCUUUGGCUUAUGAUUUGGAGAAAGUACUAGGGGAUUAUUACCACUACCAGGAAGCAUGUGAUGCUGUCCAGGAGAGUCUCAGUUCCUCCUCCUUAAGACGGAAACUCUUCCUUGAUGGCCAGGGCACUUACAGCAGCUCUGACAGCUCUAGCCCACCAAGCCCAGAGAGAAGCCAUGCCAGGAACGAGAGGCUUUCUCUAAACCGAGGAGAGGGAGCUUUAGGAGAAGUUGCCGAGGGAGAGACUAUAUUGUCUAUCUUUUCCUCCCCUUUGUCCUGUGGCGAGCUGGCUGCAACUCCCUCCACGGGUCAGUUCUCGUCCAGUCCCAUCCAACAUGGCUGCUUCCGGGACUGCAGCCUCGGCAGCAUCACCAGUCCUCCGGUUCCUGGUCGGUCGUCUCCUGCUGGCCUGGCCUCCCCCACAAUUUCUCCUAUAUUUGAUGCGACAUGCACACCCAUAUGCUCAGCUGAGAGAAAGCAGCUGAUCAAUUUGACUCCACAUGGUGUUCCCCUGGACAUGAACGUCAGUCCCUGCAAUGAGAGUCCAUUUGUCGAGGGUUGCUCUCCCAUUCGUAGCUGCUCCCCACACCAUCUCCAUUGCCACAAUAAGCCCCAUCACAAUGCUAGACCCAAGCCCCGGCCCAGAGUCCGCUGCUGGGCCUCCCCUCCCCUCAUCUCACCAAUUCUCAACCCUAAGUUCCAAGACAAUCUGGAGGCGGAGGACAAAACCUCCUCCUCGUCCCCCCCUUCGUCCUCCUCUUCUCUCCCCCCUAUGGAGCUAGAGCCAUCUUCACCCCUGGCCUGCGGCGCUCACCUCCCUGACACUGAGAGAGUUACCCUGGAUCCUAUGGAACCUGUGAAAAUGGAGGAAGGCAAGGAGACCGAGAUCGAAGGAAGGUUGGAGGAUGAAGAGGAGGAAGGUGAAGGGCUUUCGGGACAGCUCACCAGCUCUCGUAUGGGCAAUGUGUCAGCAACAGAAAGCUCUCGUAUGUUUUUAUCUCUCCUGGCAGAGGGAAGCAGCAUACGCUGUGAUUCCAGCAUGCAGGUGGACAGUGGGUACAACACUACCUCAGCUGGCACCGCCAGUCUUAUAGAUGGCCUCAGCUCAGACUGUCACAGCAAAGAGUCCUUAAGUUCAAACUUCGCAGAAGAAGCUUUCCAACUCACUCGGCACAUUAAAGUAAAGGCAUUUUAUCCUAACCACUGAGCCAUCUGUUGGAUGCAUUUAAAGGGACGCCUCUUCCAGUGGAAGCUUAAAGAUGAUUAUUUUGCAAUCAAAUACAACAUUUACACUGUUUUGAAGCAUUUAUGUUGCAUUAAUUUGGUUAGGGUGAAUUGGUUUAACUGUUUAAUGCUGUAUGAGCUGAGGUGUUUCACAAGUGGUUAUUAGUUCUUUUUAAGAUUUGAAGUUCAAAUUGUCAGACUGAAAGUAAAUUCUUUACCAUAGUAUGUAUUUCUUUUUAUCACAAGUUAGAAGGGAGAAAUACUUAUUCCCAAUGUAAGACACUCAAAAUCUAUAAUUAUAAUUCACCAGUUCUUUUGGACCCAGCAUUCUAUACUGGUGUUAGGAGGGGGGAGAGAAGUCAAUUCUGUAUCAAACUUGCACAACAGUAACCUCCUUUGAUGCUUUUCAAUUUUAUUUGGUGCUGACAUGAACGACCUGAUAGAUCCUGACUUUCAGAUGACAUCCCAUUUGUACUGUAUUUCUUUUUUUUUUAAGAGAACAAUGUAUCAUGUUUUUUUAAUAGCUUUUUGAUGAAUGAAUAAGAAUUGUUAAAAUUCAGGUUACUUGUGGUUGUUUUAUUGAAUAUUAAUAUAUAUUCUUAAUAGGACAUAAUCAAUGAUGCUACUUGCAGAUUGAGCCAUUUUUAUUUUAUUUGCUGUACUUAAGAGCAUAGGCUGGAUCGCUGUCACAUUAAAUUAACUUGAAUUCU